AUUGACCCCAGGACAUGUGUGGAAGCUCAACGAGUCUGUAUCGUCAUUUCUUCAUCCUUUGUACGUUUCUCCCCCUCCCUUUUUGUCGGCGGUAUUUCUCGAGUACAUUUCUGCAGUAGGUCUUCGAAAUCGACGGACCAGUGAUGGGUACCGAAUUCCCUUCGGUAAUUCGUCUGGAUAUCGGUGGGAAGAAAUAUUCAACUACGAUAGAGACUUUAACGCAGCGUGAACCAGACUCGAUGCUUGCAGCAAUGUUUAGUGGGAGGCACACUCUGAGCGGUUAUCAUCAUGAGGGUUAUAUCUUUGUUGAUAGGGAUGGGACACAUUUUAGGCAUAUCUUGAACUGGUUGAGGGAUGGCGUAGUUCCUAUUCUUAAAGAUUCUGAAUACCCGGAGCUUGUUCGAGAAGCUGAAUACUAUCAGCUGCUUGGAUUUAUGGAGAACAUACAUAAUCACCUAAACAAAGAGAAAGUGGAAGAUGACAUCAGAACUGAUUUGACACGCACAGAUGUUAUCAAAUGCAUACAAUCAGAACAUGUUAGGUUGCGGGGCGUCAAUCUUUCUGGGCUUGAUCUCUCAAAAUUGGACCUUUCUGCUGUUGACUUCAGUUUUGCACGUCUUCAUGGUGUGCUAUUCUCUUGUGCUAAUCUGCAAGCUGCUAAAUUCCGGGAUGUUGAUGCUGCUGGUUCCAUUUUCCAAGAUGCAACAUUACGUGAGUGUGAGCUUGCUGGUGCAAAUCUCCAAAGAGCGAUACUAUCUCGUGCCUGCCUUCAGAGUGCUAAUUUACAAGAUGCAUGUUUGAUGAGCUGUGACCUCUCCAAGGCUGACCUUCGUACUGCACACUUGCAGACUGCUGACCUGACUGAUGCCAACCUUGAAGGUGCAAAUCUUGAAGGGGCAAACUUAAAGGGUGCUAAGCUGUAUCGAGCUAACUUGCGCGGUGCAAAUCUUCGGAGAGCAUACUUAAGACAAGUUGAUCUGCGGGAAACGAUAACUGAUGGUGCGAUGUUGGAGGGAGCAAAUUUGCUGGGUGCAAUUAGAUGAACUUACGGUUGUUCAGCUACACCUUCUGUUCAAUAAAGAUGUGACCAACAUUUUUUUUUUUCCCCUCUCCCACCAUGGGGAAAAAAAUAUUGGGCAUGAGGUAUUUAGCAGUGGUAUCAUUAUGGAAAACAGAUUGAAGUGGAGUAAAUAUGUUGUUUGAUGUAUAUCUUAUUAUCUACACGACUUUUUAGUGU